AUGAUGCAGAAGCACUUCAACUACACGGACGAGUGCAACCCCUUCGGAGACAACUCGCUCUCCACUCCAUUCGUAUGGAAGCUGAAAAAUAAGUAUGACCAAAUAAAGUAUAAUCGCAAGGUGAAGGUAACGACAACGAGCCUGCUGCAAAAUUCUCUCUCAAAAAUAAGUGAAAUUGAAGAAGUAAAAAAAAGGAGACAAGAAAGAGACAACGAGAGGGCCAUGUUGGAAGACUAUCGCUUACAGUUAGAAAAGCAACGUAAUCAAAUUAAUAUAAAAGAUUACCUAAAAAAGGAACAGCUGUUCUUUAUUGAUCAACAGAUUAAGUCAUCGGACAGUAGAAUCAAACACAAUUUUCUGCAGCUUCCUGACAUAUUUAGGUUGGCUGUGAUGAUAGUUAACAGAGAGCAGGUGAAGAAGGUCCGUCCUGCUCUCUUCCGCAUUCCGUUUCAUGUCCUUUUGGAGGGCCAAACCGAAUGGGAGCUUGAAAACUGCGCCAAGCAAAUAAAGCUGCUACUCCAACACGACGAAUUGGAGAAUGGGGGUAAGUUUAGACGUUACUGGGAGUCCCUCCUGUUCUUUUGUGGGCACUUCCUGGAUCAGAUACGCGAGAAGGAGCAGCCCCCCUCUGACGCAAAAGAAUUCGACGUGGAUAACCUACAGAAAAAAACGGAGAAACAAAUACAAGCCUUUCUCGAAAAUAAGAACUACGAUGAGUUAGUGACAUAUGAAGAAAAAAUUAAAGAAAAAGUCGUUUCUCAACGGGAGGAGCUCGAAGAUCAGGUUUACUGGAACAGGGUCCUUCUGAAGAUCCCCUUUUUUAAGGCCAAGAAUGUGCUUCUCCAUUUUCAUGCCAAGCUGCGCAAAAGGAUUAGCCUCAGUGGAGCCCACGCGGAGGACAGCGACAGCCACAGUCACAGUCAUAGCCAAGCUGAGAAGGCGCCUCUCCGUGAGCACCCCGCCGAAGAGGAAGAAGAUAGAGGAAAGGCAACAAACACCAUGCCGUUCGAAUGCCACAGCCCGCAGCUAAUCCCCCCCGAGAGCAUCACCCAAAUGGGAAUCCCGGCCGAGACGCACAUCUACACAGCGGAGGAGGAACUGCAGGAGAGAGUCAAACUGAACGAUGCCAUUUGGAGUACCAUGAGGAGGAAAGAGGACCAAGGGAAAUCGGACAACCGUGGAGACAGCACGGGGUACUCCAAAGGCGACCACGCCGCACAGGUCGAUGUAGAUAUCUCCGUGGAGCAGACCCUCCUCAGGAAGCUCUUCACGAAGGACCAAGAAAUAUACAACAAAUUUGUGCAGAGGGAGAAGAAGAAAGGACGAGCGGGGGAAAUAAUAAUGAAGGACGUCUCCCAUCAUCACCACAGUACAGGUCAGUCAUCUUUGCCCAACUCUUUAAGGAGCAGCCUCCCAGUGUCCCCAGCCUCCCUCCUCACCACCAGGAAGCCUCUCUACUUCAAUCGAAUCAAAACCUCCUUCGACUGGAACAAGUACAAUAAAACGCAUUACGAUUACGAGAACCCACCCCCCAAGUAUAUAUGCGGAUAUAAAUUCAAUAUUUUUUACUUGAAUUUGCUGAAUAAGAAGGAGAAGCCUUCGUGGAAGCUGCACCCUACGGAUGACGAGAGUAAAGUUCUGAUUAUUUUCCAUGGAGGAGCCCCCUACCUGGACAUAGCCUUUCAGAUAGUCAACGCGGAAUGGUCUUACGACAAGCACCGGGGCUUCCGCAACGUCUUCGACAAGGGCAUCCUCCAGCUGUACUUCAACUUUAAGAAAAAGAGGUACCGUCGCUGA